AUGUGUCGCCGGUUGUGGCGGGCCUCAUCGGCGCUACCGUCCUCGUGGUUUCUGUCUCCGUCACGGUUUUUGUGUGGACAUGCUGUCACCAGCAAGCAGAAAAGAAGCACAAAACGCCGCCGUAUAAAUUCAUUCACAUGUUGAAAGGCAUCAGUAUCUAUCCGGAGACCUUGAGUAACAAGAAGAAAAUCAACCGAAUCCGGAGAGACAAGAGCGGCGCGCCCAAGGAGAGCGGAAGGGGAAACCUCUCGGUGGAUGCUGCCGAAUCUGGGCUGGUGGGUGCCGAGAAGGCUCCGGACGGGCCCAAUGCAGCCCCCCACGUGGACCAGCUCCCGAUCAAAGUCGAUUACGGAGAUGAACUGAGUCCAGAUCAAAGCCUCACGCCGGGAGGAAGUAAAACCUCCUCCCCGUCUUCUCCGGGGGAUGACAUCUUGUUGGGUGAACUGACUUUCUCAGUGGACUACAACUUCCCUAAAAAAGCGCUGGUGGUGACUAUCCAGGAGGCCCACGGGCUGCCCGUGAUGGACGAGCACACGCAGAGCUCCGACCCCUACAUCAAGAUGACAAUUCUCCCAGACAAAAGGCACCGAGUGAAGACUCGCGUGCUUCGCAAGACGCUGGACCCGGUCUUCGACGAAACCUUCACCUUCUACGGCAUCCCCUACAGCCAGCUCCAGGAUCUGGUGCUUCACUUCCUCGUCCUGAGCUUCGAUCGUUUCUCACGAGACGACGUUAUCGGAGAGGUCAUGGUGCCCCUGGCGGGGGUGGAUCCCAGCACCGGGAAGGUUCAGCUCACCAGGGAGAUCCUCAAAAGGAACAUACAAAAAUGCAUUAGCAGAGGGGAACUGCAGGUCUCCUUGUCGUACCAGCCUGUGGCGCAGAGAAUGACAGUUGUGGUGCUGAAAGCCCGGCACUUGCCAAAGAUGGAUAUCACCGGCCUCUCAGAUCCGUACGUGAAGGUGAACGUUUAUUACGGAAGGAAGCGCAUCGCGAAAAAGAAGACUCACGUGAAGAAGUGCACUUUGAACCCCGUCUUCAACGAAUCCUUCAUUUACGACAUCCCCGUCGACCUCCUCCCCGACAUCAGCAUCGAAUUCCUCGUCAUCGAUUUCGACCGCACCACGAAAAACGAGGUGGUGGGCCGGCUGAUCCUGGGAGCGCACAGCGUCACCGCGGGCGGCGUGGAGCACUGGCGAGAGGUGUGCGAGAAUCCCAGAAAGCCGGUGGCCAAGUGGCACAGCCUGAGCGAAUACUAGCACUCGUAGAACAGACUUAAACCUUGUUUUAGUCGUAGAACUAAACUUUUUCGUAACGAAGCAGCAGCUGAUUGGUUCUCUAGUGAUGUGAU